AUGCGCUUUAUGAAUAAAAAUGGACAUCAAACAAACGUCCCCAUUGCGAGACUUCUUUGUAUUGCGGUAAAUGUAAUCCGCACGCUAAAUGUGGAAUCUGAUUGGUCCGUUGAGUUGGGAACGCGUGCCAAUCGUUUUAGCCCCGCCCACAAACUCGCUGGUCCUUCCUAAGAGCUGCUAGUGCUAAGAUAGUGUAAGGUCUGUGUAAUUGAAACGGAGGGACUGUGACUGUGCGACCCUGCAGCGACACGGGAAUCCAGAUAACCGAAACAAAAAUGGCGGCUUCUGCUGCGUAUCCAUGGAGGAACACGCCGCACAGUCCCAUGGUGGGGAAUUCUAAAGACCGAUCCAGAACUGAUGGACAGUCAGCGAGCUCCUAUGUGCCCUUCCCUAGAGGAAAACCAUUCAUUAACUCAGAGCUGCUCCAUUACCCGGGCAAACCAGUGCUUGCCUAUCCUGAAAGCAACAGCAGAGCUAUCUUUUCAGCUUUAAAGAAUCUUCAAGAAAAAAUCCGUCAACUGGAGCUCGAGCGAUUAAAUGCUGAACAGAGUAUGAAGCGCCUCUCUGAUGAGACACUGGAGUUCAAGGGACACCUGGACAUAAAAAACCAUUCUAGGGAGAGACUAGAGGAGGAUGUGUCCAAGCAGAAUAAAGACCUGUGUGGUCAGUUGUCGGCUGCAGAAAGUCGAUGCCACCUUUUAGAGGAGCAACUUCAAUACAUGAGAAACAUGGUAAAAAACGCAGAAAGCGAGAGAACAUCUGUACUGGAGAAGCAGGUAACCAUUGAAGGCAACCGAGUUCUAGAAAAACUGAAUAUACAAGCCAAAUUCGAGAAGCUGGAUAUGCUGGAGCAGGAAUACCUGAAACUCACUACAAUGCAAGUUCUUGCCGAGAAAAAAAUCGGUGAAAUCGAAGAGAAACUGAGAGAGGAGGAGCAUCAGCGCAAACUGGUGCAGCACAAAGCAGCCCAGCUCCAGACAGGGUUGGAAACCAACAGAAUUUUGCUCCGUUCCUUAACACCUCCAGCAAAACAAGUGAAAGCAAAGAGCACAAAGUCAUUGCAGCUGGACAAGAAGUUCACCCAUUCCAGUGUUUCACACUUACAGCCCCACUAUCACCUGAGCUUAGGAGAUGUGCCCUUUGUUGCUGGAAAGUCCACUGGCACCAGCUAUUCCGUGAGAGCCAAUGUCCAGCAUGUCUUGCACCUAAUGAAGCAGCAUAAUAAAGUCUUGUGCAAUGACCGAGUCGUGAACGAUCAGCACUUUGAAAGGAAACAGAGUGCAGUAAGGUGGACGACAGACCCAGUUUUAUCUUCUCGCUCUUACCAAGACCUAUCAGAGGUUUUGCUCACACUGGAGGAUGAGUUUGGCCAGAUGAGUUUUGACCACCAAGAAUUGGUAAAGCAAAUCCAAGAGGCUCACUCAGAUCGCUUAAAGGAGGACCUAGAAAGAGAGCUGGAGGCUCUUGUUAAAAGGAUGGAGGCAAAAGCAGACCAAAUCACUAAAGUACGGAAACAUCAUGCAAUGCUUGGAAAAUUAUUUGGGCAAGCCAAGGUUAAAAAGAAAGCCACCAGUGAUGCACAGGCAAAAGACAAGAAGCAGUUUAGGGAUGGGAAGGAGACAGCAGCAGCACACGUGAGCAAGGACAAACCUGGGGAAAAGAGCAGGAGGAGCCUUCAGCUGUUGAGGGACAUGCAGACAUUGCAGACUUCCCUGCAGAAGGAGGACAUUAGCUGGGACUGCUGAAUAGCCACUUGCACUAUGAGAUACGUCUCAGGGAAAGGGAUUGCUUUACCUCUCCUUCCUUCUCUUGUCCUGCCCUCACUCUUAAACCCACAGAGCUUGCACUUUCUGUGCUCUCUGCAUGGGUGAGAGGGUGCGAGGUUAUCACCAAAGCCCAGUUUAAAGUGCCUGCAGAUCCUUGACAUCACACUCUGGGUUCUGUUCCAAGGGCUUUUUCUUUGCAACCAAUCUUUCAUGACAAACUGCAAGGAGCGAAAAUUGGCCACGCUUUGCAACGUUAUACUACCUAACACUGAAACCUCACUUGCCAGAACUGAAAGGCUAUAAUCCUUAGCUCGUCGGCUCUUCUGUAAGAUCACAGCAUUCUAGUUUGCCCUUGAUAUAUCCUCUAUUGGCGGUCACCCAUUAUCAUUGCAGAAUGCAUCGACGGUGCUACAGGCAGAAGACUGGAGUUGUUUUACCUCAAGGUGGUGAGUCCUUAAAGGGAUCCUGUCAUCGGAAAACAUGUUUUUUUCAAAACGCACCAGUUAAUAGAGCUACUCCAGCAGAAUUCUGCACUGAAAUCCAUUUC